AUGACGGAUGUGUUCCAUGACCUCGACAAUGCAGAGCACGACAAGCCGUCCCAUGACCCCCAACUGGUCAAGCGUUUCUCUUUAUUCUCGACGUUAGCUCUGGGAUUUAGCAUGACAAACUCCUGGCUGGGGUAUUCUGCGACAUUCAUCACUCCCCUUCUGCUAGGAGGCAGCCCGACGGUCUUCUUCGGCCUCGUUGCUGCUUCCAUCGCAUGUUGUAUAAUCACAAUGGGACUGGCUGAGCUUGCAUCCGCUUUUCCUUCAAGCGGAGGGCAAUAUCAUUUCGCUUAUAUGGUUGCGUCGCCUCGCUCUCGUGCAUUGGUUGGAUUCGUGAUCGGAUGGCUGAGUAUCGCGGCAUGGUGUCUGACAAGUGCCUCUACUGCUAUCGUUUGUGCUCAAAUGGCAAGCAGUCUUGCCACCAUAUACAACCCAGGAUAUACAGUCGAAGCUUGGCAGACAUAUCUCAUCUAUUUCUUGAUCAUGACCCUGGCAACAUCGAUUGUCUGCUUCUGCCCCAAUACUAUCCCACGGGGAGAAGUUGUUCUAUUUGGGUGCAGCUUUAUUGGGUUUCUAGCUAGUUUUGUCACAGUGCUCACGACUCAAAAACAUCGACAAACGGCCACGGAGGUCUUCACACACUAUGACAAUCUAUCUGGAUGGAAUGACCCGACUGCGUUUAUCAUAGGGCUUGGGACUUCCAUGUAUGCCUAUCUUGCCAUCGAUGGUGCCACCCACAUUGCAGAAGAAGUACCAGUGCCAGGUCGUAAUGUCCCAAAGGCGAUGGGAAUGACCAUGCUUGUGGGCAUAAUAACUGUGCUCCCUUGGACGUUAGCAUUUCUUUUCACGACCACUGCUAACAGUGCCGUCGCAUCUUCCGCUAUUCCAAUCCACACUGUCUACCUCCAAGCUACCAAUUCCCAGACAGCAGCUACGGUCUUCACCACUUGGAUCUUGUUUGUCUAUUCCGGCGCUUUAGUAUCUUGCAUGGUGACAACAGGCCGACUGACCUAUGCAUUUGGUCGAGAUGGUGGUCUGCCCUUUUCCUCCUUCUUCAGUCGUAUCCAUCCGCAUCAUAAGGUGCCCGUGAAUGCCACUUUGGCCUGUUUUGUCUGCAUUGUUCUUUAUGGCUUGAUCUAUAUUGGAUCAACCACGGCAUUUAACAGUUUUAUAUCGAUGUCGAUCUUAUCUUUGAACAUCACCUAUGUUGCCCCCCAAGCUAUCGUGCUCUACCGAGGCCGCAUGGCUGUUCUCCCUGAGCGACACUUUCGCUUAGGGCAUUAUGUGGGAAUCUUUUGCAAUGCAUUCUCUACUCUUUGGGUGGCUUUUAUUUCGGUGAUUUUUUGUUUCCCAACGUCAGUUCCCAUCACGACCGGAAGUAUGAACUAUGUGAGCGUGGUGAUUUUCGGCAUUUUCCUGGCCGUUGUAGUGCUCUGGUAUAGCGGGAAACGAAAGUCGUUUAUUGGCCCACAAAUCCUGUUGGAAGGUGUUGCUGCAGAGCCGACGGAAAAAUCGACCGAGGCCGCUUCCAAGACAUGA